CAAUCAUGUUGAUAAAGUCAUCGGUACAGUAGAAUCACAGAUUUUAUGUCAAUUAAUUACGAAUUUUUGUCUUUAAAAUUAUCUAAAUUGGUGAAUAUUUGUUGGGAAUAGUUUUUCAUUAAUUUCGGAAAGGAUAUUUGUGGAAGGGACUACAAUCUGCCUACACCAACCAGAUCCUAUUACAACAAUAGUGAAGUUAUGCUGACCUGGUAUCAAUAAAUUUAACUCUAUCAGGCUCCCAUAAAUAAUAGAAAAAUACCUGUCUACAAUAAAUACUUGGAAUACCAGGCUACUUGAAUUAUCCAGUGAAGUUAUGCUGUCCUGGUAUCAAAGAAAGUAACUCUACCAGGAUACCACAAUACCAGGCUACCAUAAUUAAAAGAAGGCUCUCAGAAAUACCAAGCUACCAUAAAUAAUUGAAUUACCAAGCCACCAUAAAUUUACCAGGCUACUUAAAUUAUGCUGUCAUGGUAUCAAAAAAAGUAACUCUACCAGGCUACCAUAAUUAACAGAAAUACCAGGGUCCCAGAAAUAAUAAAAAAUAAUUGAAUUAUCAGGUUCCCAUAAAUGAAUCACCAGGCUAACAUAAAUUAAUAUGAUAAGAUCAGGAUACGGUUGUAUCUAGUUAGGUCGUGUGAUAGGGUAGAAGUAGUUCGCUAACUACUCGGCAAACUAAAGUUGACCGAGGUCAACUAGAGUCUUAAGUAGUUGAAACAACUAGUUGAAACUAAACUAGAAACUAGUUUCGGCAGUCAUGACAGCCGCACAGAGCGUCGUACGCACGCGGCUUCACCUCAACACGCCACAUCUGUGUCUGUCGAAAAAAGCAAAAUCAGCCAAAUCGUCGUGGACCAGGCAGAGCAGCUGAGGAACGGGGAAAGGAGGAGGAGGUGGAGGGGAUAGCGAGGAGGAGGAGGACAGCGACGAGGAGGAGAUGACAAUGGCCUCAGAUGGAGGAUUUCCGGGCACCGGGGGCCGAUACAUAGUGCAGGUAUUUGUGGGUGCCCUAUCACACCAGUAUGAGGCGCUGUCGGUUGAGGCUUCUAAACAAACAACAGCUGAUGAGAUAGUGGCCUGUAUCGUCGAACGUCUCUCCAUGUCUGGAUCCAUGCAGUUAACAACCGAAACAGCUGGUGGUCCGAACGCGUUCGAGUUGGCCGAAGUGAUGGGAGAUUGGGCCCUGAAUAGAGAAUGCAAGGAGAGACGUUUGGGUCCCAACGAGAGGCCAGUAGCCGUGAUGCUAUUAUGGCCAAAAGCUACCACUAAUCAUCACUACAGGUUCUAUCUGAGGGAAAAAGUGUCUGAAGCAGGCUCGCUACGCUCGCCGGAGGGCUCCUGUUUUGCAAUGGACCCGCAACUGGUGCGCGACUAUUUCUAUCGCUUCCUCUACCAGCAGCCGACGGACAGGGAGUACCCCGACCUGUGCCAACUGCCCGAUCUCAACCAGAAGACGCUCAUAGAUAACCUGAGAGCCAGGUUCCAUGCUAAACACAUCUACACCUAUGUCGGAUCUAUACUCAUCGCCCUCAACCCGUUCAAGUUCCAUCCCAUCUACAACCCGAAGUAUGUGAAACUCUACCAGAAUCGGCGCUUGGGUGAGCUUCCUCCGCAUAUAUUCGCUAUUGCCGACUCAGCAUAUCAACUCAUGCUCAGGGAACGCCGUAAUCAGUGUGUUGUCAUCAGCGGCGAAUCAGGCAGUGGCAAAACGGAGAGUACCAAUUUCUUACUACAUCAUCUGACUGCGUUGGCCUCCCAGAAGGGAUCUCACGCUAGCGGAGUGGAACAGACUAUACUUAGUGCCGGCCCUGUAUUAGAGGCUUUUGGCAAUGCCAAGACGGCUCAUAACAACAAUUCUAGCCGAUUUGGAAAAUUUAUCCAGGUCAACUAUAAGGAAAACGGGAUGGUGCAUGGGGCUGUGGUGCAGAAAUAUCUUCUGGAAAAAUCGCGAAUUUGCCGUCAGGGUCGUAAUGAACGCAACUACCAUGUGUUCUACUAUCUGCUAGUCGGUGCCAGUGAUACAGACAGGAAGCUGCUGUAUCUCCAGGAUACGGCGGAUUACAACUAUCUGAACGGAAGCAACGGAGGAGGUGAUACAGAAGAGAUUGGAAUACCAAAUUCAGAUGAGAACUACGAGUUUUCUCGGCUAAAACAGUCCAUGGAAAUGGUCGGCUUCACAGCUGAGAAACAGAGGCGAUUGUUUGCAGUUUUGUCAGCUGUGCUUUUGUUGGGCAACGUGGAAUUCCAGCCCCGAAAAUCGACCUACCAUCACGACGAAGCAGUGGCAGUGAAGAACCAAGAAACGGUGGCACUUGUCUCACAGUUGCUUCGAGUGAAGCAUUCGACGCUGUUGGCCGCUCUGCUCGCCAAGCGUGCCCGAGCCUCGGGCGAGACACUCGUCAUCAACUACCGGCUGCCCGAGGCUAUUGCCGCCCGUGAUGCUAUGGCAAAGUGUCUCUACGGCGCCCUGUUUGACUGGAUUGUACUACAGGUUAACCAUGCUCUCCUCUCCAAGAAAGACACACUCAGAGAUCACCAAGGCAAUUCUAUUGGGGUUCUAGAUAUAUUUGGAUUCGAGGAUUUCGGACCCAAUAACAGUUUUGAACAGCUGUGCAUCAACUAUGCUAACGAGCAUUUGCAGCACUAUUUCAACCAACACGUGUUUAAAUACGAGCAAGAAGAAUAUUAUAAGGAGGGCAUCAAGUGGAGUGACAUUCACUUCCUCGACAACACCGCCUGCCUCAACCUCAUUCAAGCCAAGCCCAACGGCCUGCUCUGUCUGCUAGACGAUCAGUGCAAUUUCCCAGGCGCCUCCAACGAAACACUACUGCAGAAGUUCAACUCAGUGCAUAGAGAUAACAACCAGUUCUAUGAAAUGCCACAGAAGCGGGAGCCUGCCUUCAUUAUUAAACACUAUGCCGGAAAAGUCAAAUAUCAGGUGGCAGAGAUGCGCGAAAAGAACCUAGAUUUGAUGCGCACAGAGAUGGUUGGCGUUCUGAAGAAGUCGAGUAUGGCGUUCGUUCGCGAACUGGUCGGCUGUGAUCCGGUGGCUGUGUUUAGGUGGGCCAUUCUGCGCGCUUUCUUCCGCGCCAAUCAUGCCUUCAACGACGCCGGCCGGAAGGCCAGGCUCAACAGAGCAGAUGGAGCAAAACCUAGUCUAAUACACAAUCGUGUCCAGAACCAUAUACCCAACGAAAAUGUCAUCAGGUACGGUGGUCUAGUCCAUGCUCCGUUAUCCAAGAGACAAAACGUUCAACAUAUCUCAUCAACCAAUCAGAAGGCUUCUUCAACCACCAAUCAGCAGCAAGCUUCGUCAGUUUCGACUAGAUCGCCGUUCAAUCAAUUGUCUCCGACGAGCAAUCGCUGUUGGCCACCCUUGGGAGGGACUAGAGACGGGAUGCAGGCAGCUGCUGUUCCUUCAGCUGAGGCCAGCGUUAUAGAGAGAGCUACCCAGAUCGUUAUGAAAAACAAAUCGUUCAGACCUAGGGAGAGAGGUGCGGGUGGAAAGAAAGGACUGAAAAAUCUACAAACGAUGAAAACUUUGGCUGGUCGAACUGCCAAUGUUAAUGUCUCAUCGUCAGGGUCCACAGGAGGCGGAAAAGGGCGUAAACAACCGCUAACAGUGACGGCACAAUUCCAACACAGUCUGCACAGUCUAAUGGAUACUAACCAGGCCAACCCGUUCUUCAUAAGAUGCAUUAAAAGUAACGCCGACAAGAUUCCGAACAAAUUUGACGACGAGACGGUUCAGCGACAACUGAGGUACACGGGAAUGUUGGAGACCGUCAGAAUACGACAAGCCGGUUACAAUGUGAGGUUAUCCUACGACGAAUUUAUUCAACUUUAUAGGAUACUGCUGCCCAGGGGAUUGCUCAGUUCGCAGACGGACGUACGCGAGUUCCUUCUCACGCUAAACCUGAACCGUGACAACUACCAGACGGGCGGCAGCAAGAUAUUUCUGCGCGAAUGUGAGAAGUUAAAGCUGGACUACAGGUUGCAUCAGCAGAUUGUCGCCUCCAUUGUGGCAAUACAGCGAUGGUUUCGCGCGCUGCUACAGCGGCGUCGGUUCACCCGCAUCAGGCAGGCUACUCUCAUACUACAGUCGUACUGGCGAAUGUGGGCUGCGCAGAAGUUUGCCGCGCACUUGCGACAAAUGGAGACGGCCGCUGUUCGCGUGCAGAGCGCAUGGCGCGCGCAUCAUACGCGCACACUCUACAGGCGUCUGAGAGAGGCGACUAUUUCAUUCCAAGCACACUGUCGUGGUUAUCUCACAAGACAGAGGCAUGCUAACAGCAACAAGAUGCAACAGAAGCAAAGCAAGGUGCGAAUACAAUCAGAAUCCUCGACUAUGGAUCCUGAUCAGGAUGACCAACACUAUGAAACUAUGAAAAGACUGAAAGCUCUAUCUGCCAAUGACAACGAGACUAGAGAAAUAAGGCUCGGAGACCCAAAUAAAGAAAUUUUGGGAGUUGAUACGAAGAAAAAGCAACGAAAUGUGCCAAAGUCGCUGCCUGACGAAUUGUCAUUAAUCAAUAAAGUGGAACGGAAAGGGAGCUGUGACUCAUUGGCUUCCCAACGCAGUAAUGAUUCUCAAAGCAACAGUGCCCCAGUGAGGGACACCCUGUAUCGUGCCAAAAAACAGAUUCAAGCUUUGAUGGGAAUUGUGAAGAAAGACAGCACCUCACCAGUAAGUCCAGUGGAGGCAGCUGGUCACACAUCACAUGGUCUCAGUGACAUUUUGUCGCACUGUCACAGUGACGCAUCCCAGUGCCACAGCGACAGUGAAAUGGAGAGCAACUUUGAGUGGAUGCGACAUUGCACACCAGCGACAGUCAUCGAGUACAUCACGCCAACCGUGGACCACAUCAGUAGCACGUCUACAUCGAAUUCGCCCACAUCGCCUAUGACACAGAAACAUCCGGCCCGGAGGACCAAAUACCAUCCCACCGGAGGUUCCUCAUCCAAUUCACCCACAUCCCCUAUGGGUCCCGCACGUCGCUGCGAAUCGCACGAGCCGACGGCACCGCGACGGACUGCAAGACGUGUCUUAGUGCAGGCAGAUAGUGACGUCACUCAGCUAAAGCAUAGCUCUAACCAAGCACCUAGCAGCCAGGACUUGAAACGCCGCAACAGUGACCCUCAACCGCAGCAGCAGUCUCAACCGCAGGCCGCAACUGCGGCAGCCAAUAAACGCGCAUCGCAGCCGCAGGCACAGCAGCCGCAAUCUCCACUAUCGCCGCUAGAUGUCGACCGCAAGAGCAUCACUCUGGUCACCAUAGCCGGACACCAAUUUCGGAAAGUGGCUCGAUUCGCAAAGGACGAUAAAUGUCAAUACUGUUCUAAAGCUAUGGAUGCAUUGCUAGCAGAAGGUCAUAAGUGUACAGACUGCAAACAGCUGUUCCACGUGAAAUGUAUUCAAAAUGGCGGCGUAGUACAGCUUCCGUGUCGCGGCAGUGCUGCUUCAGUGACGUCUUCAGUGACGUCAUCAGUGGCACGUCGCAAACAACUGCGCAAACGCAGUGCAACUUCAAGUGCACGCACCCUGCAUUCAGGUGGAAGCUCGUUGCACGGAAGCAGCGCGGACAGUGCACGCGCGCUGCAUGCGAGCGGCGCGGAUGCUGCACGCUUGCGGCACGCACAGUUCAGUCUAACCGGCACAUCUGAAUUCACGGAUCGAACUGACAAAAUUAUCUCCGAUGUUCGCGAACUGCAGAAGAUGCAGGACUUCAUCACCGAGAAGAUUUGCAAGAUGGAGACGGAGGAAGGAGGCAAAAAGCCAAGCCAAGUUGACAGGGUAUUCAAGCAGGCGCUUCGAGAGUUCAAAGACAACCUGGUUGCCACAUACAGUGUUGCCAACAAACAGGAUCCCGAGGCGCUAAACAUCAAGUACAAGGACUUGAUUGCCAACUUUCUCCAUGUAAUGGAAACAGUAUGUCAAGCUGAGCAGGCCAAAGCAGAUUUUCCAGUAACGAUGGGAGUGAACGCAUUCCGUGGAUUUCUCAACGAAUUUAUGACGUUGACAAGAGAAAACGCUGAAAAAGACAAGCGAGCCCAGAAAGGACAGGCACAAAAGGACAAGAAACGCGCCAAAAAGGACAAGAAAAGGACACGAAAGGACAAGGAGGAUAGCGGGCCUAUAAUACAUGCAGGACAUGUGUUCAAUAUACCGAUUAUAAAUAUACCAACACAGUGUGAGAUUUGCACCUCGUUUUUUAUGUGGCCUAUCGAGAGAGGACUCGUUUGUCAGAAUUGCAAGCUAACCUGCCACAAGAAGUGUUACCUGAAGUCAGCGGUGGAGUGCGGCGCUAUAAUAGUCGGCGGCACAAAGGGCACAAAAGAGGGCACAAAACACAACCACGUGUUCGGCGUGCCGUUGCGGAUGCUGCUAGCCUCGGAUCCCGCAUCGGAGUGCGGCACCGGUGCGGGACACGAGGUGCCAAUAGUGGUUGAAAGACUUAUUACCACAAUCGAGAUGUACGGACUCUAUACGGAGGGCAUCUAUCGUAAAUCUGGGGUGAGCUCUAAAGUGAGAGAGUUGAAAGCACUAAUAGAGGAGGGAAAAAUCGAAGAUGUACAAUUCGAACAAUACCAGGUACACGUUCUUACCAGUGUGCUGAAAUGUUUCUUCCGUGAAAUGCCUGAACCCCUGUUGCCAUUCGACCGGUAUGACUCACUGCUUCGGGCCGCAUCCCUGACUGAUCCACAGACCCGGCUCCACACUCUGCUCAAUCAGAUCAACACGCUGCCCAAGCCCAACUUCCACCUCUGUGAACGACUCAUCUUCCAUCUUGCUAGGGUGGCCCAACACGAAUACGUCAACCGUAUGUCCGCUUCAGCACUGGCCAUUGUAUUCGCACCCUGUAUACUGCGGACCAACAAAGUUCUACCAGCCCAGGACUCUUUGACUGAUAUCGCGAGGCAAACCAAAUGUAUUGAGACUAUAAUCACCGAGCAACUGAAUAAAGUGCGCGCUACACUCGCCGACAUUGACACCUUGGACACCGCAUGUCAUACGGCCAAUUCACGACUGUCUAGUCUCAGGACUUCUAAGAUUUUCAGCGCCGAAGAACUACAAGCCGGGGCUGCUGCCGCCGCGGCAGCUGCAGCAGCAUCACAAGCACAAGUCUCACCCACCGCUGUGGCUGCACCGUCAACUACCGGUGGAGCAGGAGGAGGGGCAGAGGCAGGAGGAGGUGGUGAGGAGGAAGAGGAGAUGCUGUUGGGCCAGUUGCAGGAGAUUCAGAAGGAGAAGGCCCUGUUGACGUCUGCCCUGCCUUCUCUUGUCAGAGCCAACUCCGACGAUGACCUGUUGUCAACUGAUGACAACGACAACUCUAAUGAUGACACCGAGACUCAUCAAUCUCAUCUACACAAUUUGAUGCAAAGUGAGAAGGGGCGCGGCAGAGGAGGUCAGAGUCGUUCUACUAACAGCGAAGCUGGCACCAGUAUGGAAGACUGCCUCGAUGACAAUCCCAUCAUGGUUUAAAAACGCCCAAUGUGGUUUGACCCUAAGAUAUUAUUGAACAAAUCUGAACAAAUUAUGUAACUAUAGUGAGGUGACCGUUAUAAUGGCGGUAUUUGAUUAACAUUGGUGUUGCUAUCCUUGUCUAUCAUUCGACAAAGCAGAUAGCGCUGUCACUUUCCACCUCCACAACGUUCCCAGUUCGUUUAUCAACAAUGUAGAAAUUCCACAGAUGGAAAUUACUGAGAUUUUGCAAUUAUUCAAAUGCUAAUGAAUUAAUUAUUAUUAUUAAACGAUAAUCCAAAUUAAAUGCUGUAAUUCA